GGCGGGGGGGGCUCGGCCCGGCGGGUCCCGCCCCGCGCUGUCCGCGCCGCCGGCACCGCAGCCCGAUGUCCGCGCUCCCCGCCGCUGCCGACAUCAAGCGGGCUCUGGAAAACAGCCCCGAGACCAACAUCGAGGAUGAGCAGCCCGACGAGCAGCCGGAGGCGUACCCCAAGAGCUACCUGGUGCUCAGCAUCCUCUCCUGCUUCUGUCCCGCCUAUCCCGUUAACAUCGUCGCCUUCGUCUUCGCCGUGAUGGCCUCAAAAAGUUAUAGUAAUGGAGACAUAGAAGGGUCAAAAAGACUGGGUCGCAAUGCACUCUGGGUUGCCAUCGCCUCAAUUAUCAUUGGCCUUGUCAUGAUUGGAAUCUAUUGCGUAGUUCACUUCACAACGGAUGCUAUCUGAACACCAGGACUGCACUUGGAGGAUAUUGUCAUGUAAAUCUCAGGAAGGGUAAAAGAAGAGGAGAAGGAAAUCCUUCAUUCCAGACUGUUAGAUUUGACACUCCUGUUCUGCAGAGGCAUGUUGCUGGCGGAUGAACUAAUUGUCCAGUUAGUUACUCAGCAUGGCGUGACCAGGUUUUCAAAAUUAUUUAUAUAUAAGGAAUCUCAGUAUAAAGCAGCAUUUUGUCUUUUACCUUAAUGUAUAAUGAGAUCUUGCUUAACAAGAUCCCUUUUCUUUCUCAUUUAUAUGGAAUGUAUGCUGGAUCCAUGAUGUUCCCUGACUGACCCUAGCCAAACAAAGCCAACCUUUCUAGACUGUUUAUAGUGCACAAUGUAAGAUCUGAUGCGCGGCCCGCUGAAGCUAGUAGAACUGUUGCCUCCAGUGGGUUUUGGAUCAGGCCAUUAAGGUUUUUUUUUUAUUUCUUUAAAAUAGUUUCAACACAUCCUAACCAUGGGUUUGCGAUUUUACCCUGCUAUGUGAUUUUUAUAAUGUCGUGGGCAUACGCUAACUCAGCGGCCGCUUUCUUCUGUCAUCCUUAGCUUUUAGGUCUUUACCUUGGAAUUUUAGCGACCUGGGACCGAUUCAAAUCACUUGAUUAUUAAGAGACACUCUUCUUCCAUAGCAUCCAUAUUUUUCUUCAUGAUUUUUGUUUUGUUGUCUUUCAUUGUUGAACUCCCUUGACUUGGCUUCAGUCCUGCAUUAAAGUUGCACUGAUUAUAUUUUCCUUUUUAAACUUCAUGUAUGUAAAAAGUUCCUAUUUUUUUAUCUGACAAAAGAUCAUCUUUUUAAAUAGAUGUUCUUACUCAUCCUUUUGUUAUUGUUCCUCUAGUAAGUCACAUAGUUUCACUGUGUUCUGCUUUGUUUGUGUCUCUUUUUGUUUAGUUCAUCCUUUCAUCUUGCUAUGAAUAGUCUAUUUAUCGAUGCAGUUAGAGAUGGACAGAUUUUUGUACCCUUACAUAGUUACAUAGACUCUUGCUGAUCCUAAGCUAUUACUCGGUGAAUAGGCUUAGAUUACAGCAUUGAAGGCCUGUAUAUUACUGCAGUUUCUUGAUACUUUAUGAAAACUUAGCAUGGAAUGGCUGUUUUUUUAUUGGCUGAAAACUGUUGGAAAGAAUGUAUUUGUUUUGUCACACUUCCUUGUUCAAAGGAGUAAACUCUGGUGAGCAUUAGGACAGAUGGCUAGAUCAUCAGCAGUUAUUGCUCUGUUUGCUUUAAUUAUUACUACAUCUUCAAGCAAGGUAUGCCAACAUACGUUUAGUUUCCUGGAACCAAUGCAAGUCUGGACCGACUACCCAAAGUACUCCUACUGCAUGGGAGUUUUGCAAGUGCAAGCAAGAAAACAAUCAUGCUUGGCAGGAGUACGGCUGCCUGGUAAAAAAAAAAAAUAAUCAUCUCCCGGAAACCUUUGCCCAUUAAAGCAAAUGCCUGGAAGUCGCAUGUAUUUUCUGUGCCUUGAUAUUAUACUUUUAAUGUGCUUUUUCACCUUUUUUUUUUCCUGCCAAAUUCUGUUUUUCAUUGAAGUCAGUGAAGUGCAUAUUGCCUAUCGUUAAUUACUCCAGUACAGAACUUCAUGAACACUGCUGAAAUUAGUUGAUUUCUUCAGCAUUUACACUGAUUGUCCACAUGGGAAUCUUACUGCUGAUUUUGAUGAUCCCAAGAGUUGGCUGUUCUGUGAACUCCUUUUUGGUUUUUGAAUACUAUUUCAAUGGUCUGAUAUGUCUUGUGGGACUUUUAGUAGCUUGCGGUAUUAUCAGAUAUGGUAGAACUGUCAUUGAGAAGUGGAAUAAAAUUACUUUUAAUUCGUGUCCUUUCUGGUAUGUGGAAAGUGUCUUUCAUAAGUUUUGCUGCCUUUUCUGUUUUAAAGAGUAAUAUCCUUUUUUUUAAUCCCUUGGACAGUUUCAGAAUAAAGUGGACCAAAGCAACGGCAGGAUUUCUGGCCUAGAUGAUACUAUACAACCAGUCUGUGCUGCGGCUAAUACAUUCAGAAAUUGCUAGAGAUCAGUUCAUGCCCAAAAUGUCAGCAAGGUAGGCUCUUUGUUUUCAAAAUAGCAUUCAGAAAGAGGGUUGAGGCCUUUCAAGGGUGGUCCCUUGGUGGUCUCUUCGGGGCUUCCCUACAGCGAAGGGAAACUAAUCAAAGAGGUCACCAAAGAAGGUCUCUCAGCAUGAAUCAGAGGUCAGAUUUCCACCACCUUGAAUUUCUGGCACCAAAGUAAACACCAUUGCAUUGCUAUAGAAACAGUUUUCUGUGUCAGUGUACUAAAAGAAGCAACAUAUAUGCAAAAAGUUUCAUCCUUCUGAAAACUAUUAAAGCCCAGUACUGUAUACUAAACC